GAAUGAUUUCGACCGUCAUGGGCUCUUCAGAAGACGCGAAGAACGUGACCUUGCUGCGAGUCCUGACAGAUCUACAAGCUCUACUGGCGGCACAACGUCGAAUUGAGUGGAAGCUGACGGGCUUGGAGAAAGCUCAGCAUUCUGUGAAUGACACACUGAAAAGCUUCAGACAGGACAUUGUGGAGAUGCGAGGCCGCAUUGAUACGUUUGGCCAAGAAAAGAGUAAGCCGCAGACUCAUCCGAGCGACCCACCUGUGGACGGCACACCCAACGCCACGGCCGUGGUGACCGCUACGGCGUCGCCCAAGAAACGCGCGCAGCUGGAUGCGGAUUUGUCCCCGGUGUCGAUGAAGGAAAACCCUAACAGGAGCUCACCGAGCACCAGAAGUGUGAAGUCCGUUGCGCAACACCAGGAGGAGGUGCUUCGACUCUUUCGAAACGAUGGCCGAAUACUCACACAGCUUGGCAGGUGGAAAAAGAACAAGACGACCACGGCCUGCAAACUCCCCGCCAUCGACGUGAGACCGGGCCAAGAAAUCGUCGGUCAAGCCAUCGAACGGAUGGUCAACGGCAGACUGGGAGUACUCUCUCGUGGCAUCGUGCUCACGGGUGAAAGCGAAGAGGUCAUCCCCACUGCCAGAUCAAGGCGAUUCAGCAUCACCGGUGCCAUGAGCGCUGCCGCCGGGCCCAAGAAGUCCAAUCAACUGAUCUUCGAAGGCUUGAUGGAUCCAAGUUUCCGAAUACCCAGCGUGUCAGAGCUAUGAAUGUACCCAAAGAGGACAUUCUCGCCAUUUGGUGGGAGGGAGACGUUUUCCUCUACUCUUGGCUAACCUCGGAGGAGUUGGAGUUCUUCGCCAGUGAUGGAGAUUCUCAGCUGGGUCAAUGGAUAGCGACCUCGGUUGUGAAUGAGCAAAGCCUCCAGAAAGUGGUGAGCAUUUGAGUCGUGUCAACCCACACACAUAACGUGUUGAUGCUACCAGCUGCUACCAUCUACCACUGGCACGAAAAAGCAC